UUGAAAAAAGAGAAUGUGAAAACAAGGAGUCAACUCCAAAACAAUAUAUUACUACUAAUGAGACAUCAAUAGAGAGACUCAUAAAGGAUGAUCUCUGCAAUUCUAAAUUGGGAGAGGCUUGGAAUUAUGGUACUGGAUUAGAAAGGCAGAUAAACAACCCAGAAAGACAGUCCAUGAAACUAAUCGUUAAGCACUGCAAAACUUCAUGUAACAGAAUUUCCAUGGCGAAGAACCUUUGUAAGUUUAAUAAAUCCAGGAACUUUUACAUUCACCACUCAAAACUUAAUCAUUCCCAUAGAGUAUGUUCUCAAGGAGAACCUCAUAGAAUUAAUGAAUGUGGUGAAAUCUUCCACAUCAAUUCAUGUCUUAAUGUACAUGGAGAAAUUCAUACUGGAGUGAAACCUCCUAAAUUUGGUGAAUGUGGUAAGGCUUCCAGCUACAAUUCAGAUCUUGCUAUUCAUCAGAAAAAUGUGGAAGAAAAGCCUAUAAGACAGUGUAAUACAGGUAGGAAAACUUUUAGUCAGAAGAAAUAUGUUUCUCAACAAAAGCUAAUUCCUAUUAAAGAGAAACUCUAUAAAUGUAAUGAAUGCGGGAAAACCUUCAGCUUUAAAGGAUCCUAUUAUAGACAUAAAAAAAUCCAUUCUGCAGUGAAACCCUAUAAAUGUAAAGAAUGUGUAAAAGCCUUCACGUGCAAGCAACACCUUCGUAGACAUGAAAUUAGUCAUACUGGAGAGAAACCCUAUAAAUGUAAAGAAUGUGGAAAAGCCUUCAGCGAAAAGGGAUUCCUUAAUAGACAUGAGAAAAUUCAUACUGGAGAGAAACCCUAUAAAUGUAAAGAAUGUGGAAAAGCCUUCAGUGACAAGGGAUCCCUUAAUAGACAUGAGAAAAUUCAUACUGGAGAGAAACCACAUAAAUGUAAUGAAUGUGGAAAAGCCUUUAGGGACAAGGAAGACCUUAAUAGACAUGAGAAAAUUCAUACUGGAGAGAAACCUUAUAAAUGUAUUCAAUGUGGAAAAACCUUCACAUGUAAGAGAAAUCUAGAUGUGCAUGAGACAAUUCAUUCUGGGGAGAAGCCUUAUAAGUGUAAUGAAUGUGGAAAAGCCUUCAGAUAUAAGGGAAACUUUUAUUCACAUAAGAGAAUUCAUACUGGAGUGAAGCCCUAUCAAUGUAAUGAAUGUGGAAAAGCCUUCUGGAAGAAGGGAGGGCUUAAUUCACAUAAGAUAAUGCAUACUGGAGUGAAACCCUAUAAAUGUACUGAAUGUGGGAAAGCCUUCAGCUGUAAGAGACGCCUUGUUCUACAUGAGGCAAUUCAUACUGGGCAGAAGCCCUAUAAAUGUAAUGAAUGUGAAAAAUCCUUCAUUCGGAAUGAUCACCUUAAAAGGCAUGAGAGAGUUCAUACUGGAGAGAAACCAUAUAAAUGUAAUAAAUGUGGAAAAUCCUUUAGGUGUAAAGAAGGAAUUUAUGGACAUGAAAAAAUUCAUACUGGGCAGAAGCCAUAUAAAUGUAAUGAAUGUGGAAAAGUCUUUAGGCAGAAGGAGCCCUUAAUUCACAUAAAAGAAUUCAUACUGGAGAGAAACCCUAUAAAUGUAAUGAAUGUGAAAAAGCCUUCAGGGAAAAAGGAAUACUUAAUAGACAUAAGAAGAUUCAUACUGGAGAGAAAUCUUAUAAAUGUAAUGAAUGUGGAAAAGCCUUCUAUCAUAAGGGACAUCUGAACAGACAUAAGAAGAUUCAUAAAGAAGUGAAACCAUAAAUGUAAUGAAUGUGGAAAAGUCUUCAAAUAUAUGGGAAAUGUUAAUUUACGUAAGAGAAUUCAUAUUGAAGAGAAACUCUAAAAAUCUAAGGAAUGUGGAAAAACUUUUUAAGUGGUAGAGAAAUUUUAAAAGACAUAAAUUCAUACUGGAGAGAAAUCCUUUGAAUGUACUCAUGUUGAAGCAGACUGUAAUCAAGAGCCGAAUUUUGAAUGUUAUGAAAUUGAGAACACUUUCUUAUACGUCUCAAACUUAAGAAAUAUCAGAUAAUUCAUAUUGCAGAAAAAUCUAAAUAUAAAGAAUAUCCUACAAUAUGUUGUUUGCAAGAAACACAUCUGACACAGAGACACAUACAGAUUAAAGCCUGCAACACCUGUGUCAGCAAAGGCUGCCCCGCAACUCCUUCAGAUGCUAUGAUCCACAGCUGUGGAGGCUCUCGGAGAAUUGACCUGUCCUUUAACAGAUCAUACUUGAGGAGAAAAUACAUAUGGAGGCUAAAGAUGGAGAAGGGAAAGUCAGUGUAGCCCGAUGAUCAUGUACCUGGAAAAGAUUCAUACGUAGGAAAGCUGGAAAGGUAAGUUAUUUACACUUCUUUUUUUUUUUUUUUAAUUUUAACACUUCUUCUUUAAAUGUCCUUAAUCCACUUAUUUUUAUGGUAAAUUCUUACUUUACUUUCUCUUUCCCAAGAAUUCUCUUUGAAAUUGUGUCCAAGCUGAAUGACUGCAAAUAUUCUGGAGUCAUUUUCUUCUGCAUUUGUGUCUUCAGUAUUCUUGCUACCAGGACAGGUCUUCAUGGUGUGUGUGUGUGUGUUUUUCUGACUUCAUACUUGAUGGGCCGGGCUCUGUGGCACUUGUGGAGGUAAAGUCUAGGGUGGUCUUGUUGUUGCUCCCCUGGAGUAGAGUGUUGUCUUAUCCGAGGAGAAUAAUAAAUAUUUAUUUAUACUAAUCUCCCAGGGUUGUUGGAAGAAACACAAGUUAUGAAGUACUUAAAAUAGUGUCUGUCUUGUAUAAAGGAUGAGCUUAUCCUAUUACAAUUUUGUGGGAAUACAAUUGAGCAAGUUGCUAUCCCAUUUGUAGGUACCUUUUCUAAGUGUUAUGAAGUAUUAACAAAAUUGGAAAACACAGGCUAAACAUAUUAAAGUAUUACUAAAAUAGCUUAAGCAACUUUCAAGGCAGAAAAAUACUGGCAUGUGGCAGAUACUGCAUAAAUUGCUGUGAUUAACAUGAAAAUGACAGGAGUAAUAAGAUAAAUGGCUUUCUAUGAAUCAAUAUAUUUGAAGGAUAUUUAAAUUCUUAUCACAUGCUUGAUGAUUUUUUAAAGCAAGGCUAGAAAAACUUAAAUUUCUUUCCCUUUUCAAUUUGAAUAUUGUUACUUAUAAAUAUAUCUAUUAUAUAAUUAUUGGAGUACAUUUUUAAAAAGUAGUAAGUAAUAAUAAUAGUAAAUGACUUACUGUUGAGAAAAAAGCCUGGUAAAAUCCUCUUAGGAAACAAAACCAAUACAUCCAAGAUUAGAAGAGAAGAAGCAAACUUUUACAGCCAGUAUUUCUAAUAAAAGCCUCAUUUCUAAAAUAUGUAAAGAACUGAGUCAAAUUUAGAAGAAUACAAGUCAUUCCCCAAUUUAUAAAGAGUCAAAGGAUAUGAACAGACAAUUUUCCAUUUCACACCUCUCAGAUUGGUUAAGAUGAUAGGAAAAGAUCAUGAUAAAUGUUGGAGGGAAUGUGGGAAAACUGGGACAUUAAUACAUUGUUAUUAUGGUUAUGAACUAAUCCAACCAUUCUGGAAAUAUGUCCAAAAGGCUUUAAACUGUGCAUAUCCUUUAUAUUACACAAUAUUUGUAUUAUACAAAGGGUAACUGUGAUACAAAAAUGUUUGUAGCAGCUCUUUUUGUGGUGGCAAAGAAUUAGAAAAUGAGUAGAUGCCCAUCAGUUGGGGAAUGACUAAAUAAAUUAUGAUAUAUGAAUGUAAUGGAAUAUUAUUGUUCUAUAAAAAAUGAUGAAUAGAUUGAGUUUAGAAAGGCCUGGAAAGAUUUAUGUGAACUGAUGCGGAGUGAAAUAAGCAGAACCAGGAAAACAUGGUAUCCUCAGCAACAACCAGAUUGUGCAAUGAUCAACUAUGUUAAACCUAGUUCUUUUCAGAGAUCAGAUUCAAGGCAAUUUCAAUAAACUUUGGAUGGUAAAUGUAAUCUGCAUCUAAAGAGGAAACUAUGGAAACUGAAUGGACAUCAAUACACACUUUAUUCAC